GUGCCACAUGAAGGUUUUUGCUUUAUGGGUCAGAUGAUGAUCCUUUGUUGAGCAAAGAAGAAUAUAUGUUUUUCUCUUCACUAUUUAGCAUAACUUCCCUCCUUUCCAGUAAUUGUUUUGUGUUUGUUUCCCAGGAAGCAAACUAUAUAGCUAAUAGUAUGACUCAAUCUUCAUCACAUGAUUACUUUCCUUUUGAGAGAUCGACUUAAAUAAGCUGUCUUUUACUUCAGAGUAGCUUAACUCUAGUUUGGAGUUGUGUUGUAAAAACUUUUUCUUUUUUUUUUUUUCACAUUAAAAUUAAAACUUUGAAGAGAGAAGUCAUCAAGUAUGCAGUCAGCUCACAAGGAUGCGAGCAAACAAGAAGCUAAUGAAAAGAAGCGAGAGGAAGUAUAUUUUGUGUCAUCUCCUUGUGAAAUAGCGUAAAGAAGUUUGUCAGAUGUUAAAGACAAGCAAUACAAGCAGUACAAGUUUCAGAUGUUAAAGACAAGCAGUAAAGGACUUAUUUUUGCAUUAGCAAUAUCUGUAGUUAUUAAUAUUGUUUUAAUAGGUAUUGCUAUACAUUUUUCAGUUAAAGAAGAUAAGGGUGCUCGGUAUUUCUGCUCAGAUAAUUGGAUUGGUUUCCAAGAUAAAUGCUACUAUUUUUCUGAAGAAGAACAAGAUUGGAAUUCAAGUAGAUACGACUGUUUGUCUCAAAAUGCUAACCUAGUUUUGAUUACCACUACAAAAGAAAAACAUUUUCUUAAGCGAUUCAAGUGCACUUCUGAUCACUGGAUUUGGCAAGACAUGACAGAAAAUCUAACGGGACAAUGGGUGGAUGAAAACAUAUUUAACAAAGGGAUUAAUAUGACAGGGAAUGAAAUAUGUUUUUACCUUAAUGAAGAUGGUGUUGCAGCAGCUAGAUGCUACACGGAGAGGAAAUGGAUUUGCAGGAAAAAAGUGCCCUAAAUCAGUUUCCGACAGUGGACUUGACAUCCAGAAAUAUGCACUCGUGAUCUUCACUCAAGGGCAGUAGGAGCCUUUGAGAGAGCUGCUAGAAAAGAGUACUCAUGGACAUCAUGACAUAAUGAUGUUACCAGCGUUGAAGACUGGUGCUAGAGAGCUGCAGCCUCUAGAAGAUUUAUAUUGUUUCAAUGAAAUAAAAAUCUCAUUUUCUCCUGAUAGGAGAAAUAAAAUUUAAAAAGACA